AUGCAGGGAUCUGGAAGAGCUGGGCUCCUGCUGCCAGUUGCCCUAUUGCUGCCCUGGGCACACAGCUCACUGGCAUUAACAUGUGGCCGAAGAAUAAGUUCCAGAUCUGAAGGCAGAAAUGUUUCUGCUAUCAUGGGUGGGGAAACUGCAAACAUCAUAGAUUUCCCAUGGCAGGUGGGGAUUCUGGAGAACGGCAGCUAUAUCUGUGGGGGAACGAUUCUCAGUAAGUGGUGGGUUCUAACUGCAUCUCAUUGUGUGGAUAAAACCAGCAACUCUUACUUGGAGAUUGUAUAUGGUGAAGAUGACUUAAAUACUAAGAACUUGAAAUAUGUGAAAGUGGAAACAUUAAUUACACAUCCUUUUUUUGACGGCUGGCUCGUGGACAAUGACAUAGCUCUGCUCCUGCUCGAAUUCCCACUAAACCUGGAUAUCAACAGUGUACCUGUCUGCCUUUCAGAGGUCUUGGACAUAAAGGCCUGGAGUAACUGCUGGGUGACUGGAUGGGGUAUUACCAAGGCCAGUGAGUGUCCAAGGGAAGUUCUCAUAUCACUGGGAUGGUGUGGGUGGGUCCUGGCACUCAACUUAAAGGGACCACUUUGGUUGAAGCUCUCCUACUUCUCUGACCCAGAUUUACCGGAAACCCUAUCUAAAAAGCUGCAGAAAGUUAACCUUGAGCUAAUCAACUGGGACUGGUGCUUCCAUAUUUUACCCUUAUUAACCAAGAACAUGCUGUGUGCUGUAAACAGAAAAGCUGGGAAGGACACCUGCCAGGGUGACAGUGGAGGACCUCUGGUUUGCAAUAAAGGGAAAGACAGCAGCAGGUGGUACCAGGUGGGCAUUGUCAGCUGGGGCGUGGGCUGUGGCAAGAAGAACAUUCCCGGAGUAUACACCAAGGUGUCAAAUUAUCUGAAGUGGAUUAUCCAGGAGACAGUGAAGGAAGGGAAGCCUAUUACAUACAUGUCAGACUCCGGGUACAGUUUGCCGCUCUCACACUGGGCCAUCUUGUUCUUAUAUUUUGUGAUAUUUCUAUCAACCUGGUGA